AUCGACUCUCCCCCUCCAGCCUUGACAGCUUCCUGCUCCGCGUUCCCCGGGCGAAUUCGCUUCCUCUGCCGGAUCGUCGCUCUUCUGUCUGUGUCAGACCUCAUUCUUCCUUUUUUUGUGACCCGCGCCGCCGUGUGCCCCCCUCUACAACCAUGGACGAAGACUACUCUGCAGGCUCCGUCGACGCCGACCGCGAGAUGACCAGACUCUGGCGCACAUGGAGGACAGUGUUUGAGAUGCUGUUGGACCGUGGAUACGAGGUCACGGAAGAGGAAGUCCAAAUGCCUCUGGCCGUGUUCAAGAGAAAUUAUUCCGACCCUCUUGGAUACCCUGACCGCAACAAGAUGAAAGUCAGCGCCCGCCCCACGGAAGCCAUGCAGGCGAAAUACACUCCAUUGCCCAGCAAAUCCAACCCGGACCCCCAGCCGGACUGCGGCACCAUCUACGUUGAAUUCUGCCCGGACGCGACCGGCGUCGGUACCAAGCAAGUGCGUACCUUCAACCACUUCGUCGACGAGAACAACUUCCACACCGGCAUCUUCAUCACCCAGACUCCCAUCUCCCCCUCCGCUGUGCGCCUGCUGAGCAGCAUGCCCGGCCGCAUCUGCGAGCACUUCCAGGAGCAGGAUCUGCUGGUCAACAUCACUCGUCACGAACUGGUCCCGAAACACGUCCUGCUGAGCCCGGAUGAGAAGGCUCGUCUGUUGGAGCGCUACCGUCUCAAGGAGUCGCAAUUGCCCCGUAUACAGGUCUCCGAUCCUGUCGCUAGAUACUUGGGUCUGCGCAGAGGUCAGGUCGUCAAGAUUAUUCGGAAGAGUGAGACCGCUGGUCGCUAUGCCAGUUAUCGCUGGGUUAUAUAAUCGAACCGAUUUCGGUGGCCAGUGCGGGUGGUUUUGGUUACAAUCGAAGAGUACGCGUUAUGUCCUGACCUGGCCUGGCCUCUGGCUCAGCCCAACGACCAGCGCAUUCGCAGAGUAUUCACCAAAGAAUCGGAGGGGACGAGUUCGCAGAAGCAGUGACGCGGAAAAAAACAAGGGGAUGGAUGGAAGGAUGGAAUUAAAACGGAAAAAGAAAAACUUGUCUAAUUACAGGCAUCGGGCAGCAUGGCGUAAGGGCGAAAAAUCUCGAUGUUGUUUCUUCACGGCUGGUGUAUGAAUGUCUUUUGUCUUCCGGUUGGCUAAGGUGCUUUCACCUCCAAUUAUCUAUCUACUAACUCAAACAAUGGCUGUAUAAGAGUGAAUGAAACCAGUUUUUGUAUCGCUGGAGUUCUUGUUCUUGAGCUAUACAAUUAGACGGUGACACGCGUU